UUGCUAUCCAGGAAAUGGAAGGGAGAAAACUUCGGUGGGGCGCUGUCACACCUUCUGGAGAAGACCUCUCUAGGUGCAACAACAUCCUGGGACUCUGCUGAAUGUAGUCACUGUUGUCCCCUAUUGGAAACAUGACAGAGGUGAUCUCCCACUUCCCAACAAUGGAGUUGGAGAACUCCAGCGCUGCUAGACAUCUUGGAUCCUGCUUCAGGGGAGUGAAUGUCAGUGAAGAGUACAAGGAACACCUUGCAUCUCCUUGGUUCGCCACAACAUUUGGCCUGAUCGGCCUCUUUUCCAACCUCUUUGCCUUGUGCGCUCUGGUCAAUUCCUCCAGGAAGAUGCAGAGCCCAUCUGGUUCCUCCUUCUUAGUCUUCCUCUGUGGCUUGGUGGUGACGGACUUCCUGGGCCUCCUGCUCACUUUUGUCAUCGUGAUUCCCUACCACUUCCUCCGCUUUGACUGGAUGGAGGUAGAUCCUGGAUGCCACCUCUGCAACUUCUUGGGCUUCGUCAUGGUCUUUUUCGGGCAGUGCCCUCUCUUGUUAGGUGCCACCAUGGCUGGGGAGCGUUUUGUGGGUAUCAACCGGCCCUUUUCCCGAUCCGCUGGUAUUUCCAAACGCAGGGCCUGGACUUUGGUGGGUAUGGUGUGGGCCCUGGGUUUCUUUUUUGGCCUCUUACCCUUCUUUGGCCUGGGGAACUAUAGCCUGCAGUACCCCAACUCCUGGUGUUUUCUCACUUUGGUCCAUGAUGCCAGGAAUGUAGUUUUCUGCUUCCUGUUUGCCCUGUUGGGCCUCCUCUCUGUGGGUCUUUCCUUCCUCUUCAAUACAGUCAGCGUUGUGACCCUUUGCCGAGUCUACCAUGACUCUGAGUCCGUGCAACGCCGGAGGGACAGCGAGGUGGAAAUGAUGGUCCAGCUUUUGAUGAUCAUGGUCAUCGCAAGUGUCUGUUGGCUUCCCUUGUUGAUACUCAUUCUCCAGAAAUCUCUUCAAGAGCCCCCUUCUGACUUUCCUUCUAAUCAGAUCCCCAGGGAAACUGAGAGGUUCCUGCUCAUCUAUCUCCGGGUGGCCACUUGGAACCAGAUUCUCGAUCCCUGGGUCUACAUCCUCUUCCGCCGAGCAGUGCUGAGACGCAUCUACCCCAGCUUCAGGCCCAGGCCUUCUAUUGUCUCUCUGUACCCAGUGCUCAACCCCUCCCUACGGAAGAAAUUUACUCAGGAAUCUGUGUUGCAGUAGCAAGAUCUUGUAUUGAGCCAAAGAAGUCCAGCUCAUAGGAUUCCCCCUUUAACAGGGGCAAGAGCGCUCUGGAUGGCUAUGCUUUACCGGUAGUCCUCGACUUACAA